AUGUCUCGUGUGAUUUUAUCGUUGUGCUUAUGCGUUGUUUUUGCAUGUGUAAAUGCAGAAUUGAUUAAAGGAGUAAUAGACAACAAACCGGUAUUUACAAAGAAGGCAGUUCUUCUGGAAGAUGAGGUGGAUACUAAUGAGUUGAGAGUACCUCCAGAAGUUGAUUCGGCGAAUGUCUUCGCUAACGAACGUUGUGCGCAAAUAGGAGAGUUCUGCACUUACCACUCCGAUUGCUGCACGAACGCCUGUCUGGGUUAUAUGAAGAAAUGCGUUUCUGGAUCUGGUUAA